ACACAGACUACAAUUACAAAUUAGGAAUUAGGUUAGGUCGUCGUACAGCAGUCUGAUACUUUGCCGUUUGAAUUUUCGGGUAUCUGACUUUCCUGCAAUAACGACAAGUUUUAACCGGUGAUAGUACUGCAAUAAUUUAAUUCUUGACAGCUAAAAAAUGUUGAUAAAAGUGAAGACCCUUACAGGAAAAGAGAUUGAAAUAGACAUAGAGCCUACAGAUAAAGUAGAGAGAAUUAAAGAAAGGGUGGAAGAAAAGGAAGGAAUCCCACCGCAACAGCAGAGAUUAAUAUUUUCCGGUAAACAGAUGAACGAUGAGAAAACGGCGCAAGAUUAUAAAGUCCAGGGUGGUUCUGUGCUGCAUUUGGUACUUGCACUGAGAGGAGGCUGCAAUUACAAUAUUUCACCUCAUCUAUAAAUGAACGCGAAAAUAUUAAAGAACUGUGAGACCACACCAAGGAAAAAAUCAACAAAAUUAUAUUCGUUACUGGUGUAUGCUCAUUUACGCUUGUAUUGAGAACAAGUUCUAUGUUGUUCUAUGUGUAAGAAUAACGUAGGAUCAUACACACUACAUAUAAUUUAAAAUUUAAAUAAAUAUUUACUAAAACACUUUAGUCUUAAAUAAAAAGUAUGUUUCUA